GCCUAUGGAAGAACGCGAAAGGGUGCACUUGCUGAAUGAAAUGUUGGAGGUUCUCAGUGCGCAGUAUUGCUCGGAAGUGGUCUCUCGAGGUGUUCUGGGUGGCGCUUCAAUCAUCUACAAUACGAUGGUGGCAAAUGCACAUCGACUGCGUGACAGUAUCGUGCUUUCUUCGCCGGAUCAGCGGGAACAUGCAAAAUGGGCGCACCUUGUACUCCUUGAACGUAUUCCGAUGCCACUGCUUGCAACGUACAUCAACUUGUUGCGAUUUUGCAAAAUAAAUGCGCUUAUUUAUGAUUUUACGAAGACAAAAAUAUGCGAUCCACAAAGUGCAGCAAUCCUCAAAACAAUCAACAGGAGAUAUGCUAGGGAUGUUUGCUUCAUAAUGGUAUCACCAAACAUGUCGAUUGGAAAGUACCAUUUGCGAAACAGAUCCCACGAAUACAUGUUCAGAACUUUGCUGCCGAGCGUCGCAGAAAGGACGGUGUAUGUGAAGCUGAAUUUUACAAAUUUCCGGAGUCUGUCACUUUGUGAUUCAGUUAACCGCAGUAUCCGUUUGAUAUCACAUAAAGUAUUGGAAGUGCAUCGAAAGUAUCCGGAUCUCAAGAUUGUUUUAGUCGGUUGGGGAACAUCCUGUGUUCUCAAUCAUCAAGUAAGUUGCGAUGCAUGCUAAUA